CUCAGUGUUGUUGAUGCGGGACGGUGGAUAGGUGGGGCAGAAAGCCAUCAAAAUAUCAGCACCUCUCCUCCUCCUCCUCACUUUCAAACUAUAUGUUGCUGCUCAUCACCAAUACAACACUCAGAAACGAGCUGGAAGUCAUCAGUUGCUACGUCAAAGCUCUCAGCCUGAACUUACAAAUACAGAUUUCUCCUUUAAAAUCCGGUGUUCCUUCAUUUGAGCAUCAUGACUGGAACAGCAGUGGUUCUGAUGAGUCUGGUCCUCAUCCUCUCUGUGGGUGCAGAGGAUAAAUCAAGACUUUACCGCAGGCCUGCAUGUGGGGGUUUGAGCAUCAAUCAAGCAUGCCCUCUCAACUUCUCUCCCGUAUGUGGUAAUGAUGGCAUCACAUACGUCAAUGAAUGCACCCUGUGUGUGCAGAGAAUGCACACUAAUGGAGACAUUUUGAUUGUGAAAGAAGGACGCUGCUGAGGUGGAGGACCUUAUGAUCAUCACUGCGCUUUUCAUAUCUAUGUUUGUUUAAGAGUGUUGUUGCUAUGCUCAUCCGUAGGAUGUGAUCAGUAUACCUAUAAACAGAUGAUGUGUGAACACCAACCACAUUUUAAAAAGAAAUGACAUCUGAGUGACUCUGAGUAAAUAGUGCAGAGUGUUUGUUUUUCUAUCAAGUCAUUUUUUUUUUACGAUACUGUCCUGUCUUUCUUUAAUAUAUUUAUUUUCUUUUCCAUAUUAUACAUUUCUUUAUUAUAUCUGUAGGAACUGCUCUGAGUGCAAUGUUUUAG